CUCACCACACAAGUGAGCAACGAUUUCACAGGUUUCUCCACGUCUGGUGAAUCUGUGCUGUUAGAAAUACAUUUGUCGUAAUCUCUGAAUUAUUUGUGCAAAAUGGCUUCGGAAAAAAACAAGAAAGGGAAAGAGUCGAAAAAGCCGGAGAAGGUAGAAGUCAGCGAACAGGACGCAGAGAGACAGGCGCAGUUACACCAAGAGUAUGAUACUCUCACUGAUGUACUCAGGCAUCUCAGGAAGAGAGCAGAACAACUACGGAGAGAGAAUGAGGUUCUUGAAAAUGAGACCAACCAUAUACACAAGGAGAGUGAAGAUUACAUCUUAUACAUGUCGAGACUGACACAGAAGCGCCAGAAUGCGAUUCUUGCUUUAAGAAAUCAGAGACAACAGAAGCUCGAAGAGUUUAGUAAACAGAGAGAGGCGAUGCAGGAGAAACAUGAUGAGCAGCUCAACGGCCUGAAGAAGGAGAUCUGGAAGAUGGAGACUGAGCUGUCAAUGCUGAAUCCAGAAAUCGCUCAGAUUGGGGAUGUUAAGAGUCUGCGGCAACAGCAGCUGGAAAGUAUAGCUGAGCUGGAGCAGGAGAUGAUAGCCACAUGUCAUCGUCAUUUUGAAACUCUUCAGAUUCUUAAAGCUAAAGGCCUCACGGAGAAUGAGCAAUACAAACCUCCCAAACAUAUGAUGUUUGAACUUUACCUCAAAGCUAAAAAGGAAGCAUCUUUCUAUAUACUGUCAUACAUAAGAGAAAUUUCUUGGGAGAACCAUCAUCUGCAUGAUGAACUUCAGCACCUUGUUGAAAGAGCUCAAUCACUCCACAGACACCAGCAGAUUCUGCAGACACACCGCAGGGAUCUGCUGCUGGAGAGAGAAGUUCAGGAGCUGCAGCACAUACACACCUCCAUAGCAGGUGCUGAUGCCAACUAACACAUCCUGGGAUACUAAUAAUAAACCAUGCUUUGAUUUGUUUUA